AUGAAUAACUCAACGGGCUGUUCGGCUAAUGCAACAGUGUGUGAUGGUGCAUCCUGUGUGGUAACUAAGGAAAAUUUCAAUGAGAUUCUCAGUGUGGUACUGAGUACUGUCUUGACCAUCCUCUUGGCUAUGGUGAUGUUCUCCAUGGGAUGCAAUGUGGAAAUCAAGAAAUUCCUAGGACACAUAAAGCGGCCAUGGGGCAUAUGUGUCGGCUUCCUCUGUCAGUUUGGAAUCAUGCCCCUCACAGGAUUCAUCCUGUCGGUGGUCUUUGACAUCCUCCCCAUCCAAGGAGUGGUGGUAGUCAUCAUGGGAUGCUGUCCCGGAGGAACCGCCUCCAAUAUCUUGGCCUAUUGGGUCGAUGGCGACAUGGACUUGAGCAUCAGCAUGACGACAUGCUCCACGCUGCUUGCCCUAGGAAUGAUGCCGCUGUGCCUCUUUAUCUAUACCAAAAUGUGGGUCGACUCUGGGACGAUCAUCAUUCCCUUUGAUACCAUAGGUACAUCUUUGGUCGCUCUUGUUGUUCCUAUUUCCAUUGGAAUGUUUGUUAAUCACAAAUGGCCCCAAAAAGCCAAGAUCAUACUUAAGAACAUGCGCCCCAGUCCCAUCUACAGGGCAGAAUUCUAUGCCCACUUAGAGAUACCCAACUCAAACACCACCUCCUGCUUUUACCCUACCCUAUGCCGGACAGUUGCUUUGGAAACGGGGAUGCAGAACGCUCAGCUGUGCUCCACCAUCGUGCAGCUCUCCUUCACCCAGGAGGAGCUCAACCUCGUGUUUACCUUCCCGCUCAUCUACAGCAUCUUUCAGCUUGCCUUUGCAGCAAUAUUCUUAGGAAUGUAUGUGGCAUACAAGAAAUGUUAUGGAAAAAACAACGUGGAAUUGCCAGAGAGCAAAGACAAUGAAACGGUCUCCGAGUCAUCGCUCCAUAAGGUGAAUGAAGGAUUUCAACCAGAUGAAAGGUAG